AUGGCAGAUGGCCCCGUCCAGCCCCGAGCGAGCAUCUUCUCGCUGCCGCCGCCGGUAAAACGCGUGUUUGACCAGUUUCCGUUGCGAGAGUACGAGGCGAACGACCUGCCAUGGAGAGCGCCGAGGGCGGCGAGUGCACACAAGUUACACGUGUUCACGACUGAACAAGACGCGAAGCACGGCAGACCGAGCUAUAAUCCAAGUUGUCUGAAGUGGCAGACGUAUCUGCGCCUCAGUGGCAUCGAAUGCACUCUGGUAUCCUCCAACAAUCACGCCUCGCCGUCUGGCUCACUGCCGUUCCUCCAACCCGCCAUCGCUGACGGUACUCGGACUACACCCGAUCCAGUCCCAGCAAACAAGCUGAAGAAAUGGCUCACGAAACAGGCGCUCAACCGCGCACUGGACCUCUCGGACAUUCAUGAUACUCGUGCCGAUGCAUACCAAAGCCUCGUGGACAAUCGGCUGCGAAAAUGCUGGCUGUACCAACUGUAUCUCGCACCUCAGAAUGACGCCCUCAUGCAGCGGCUCUACGUGUAUCCUUGCUCGAAUAAUGCUCUUGUACGAUUUGCUACGACGCGACAACUGCGGGGCGCCGCAGAGGCAGAGCUGGUCAAGAGCGCAGGAACGAAUGUGGUGGACGCAGCAGUUUUGAUCAAGGAGGCAACAGAGGCAUUCGAGGCACUGUCUGCUCUUCUACAGCGAGACGAGUGGUUCUUUGGAGCCAAGGAACCCGGCCUGUUCGAUGCCAGCCUGUUCGCAUAUACACAGCUGAUCCUUGAUGAGGAAUUGGGAUGGAGAUACAACCCGUUGAAGGAGGCAUUGGAACAACAUGACAAGCUGGUCGAGCAUCGAGGGAGGAUACUGGGGAGCUUCUACAGCGAUCGAGAGGAGGAGGAGAAGAACGAGAGGCCAUCGGUGCAUACUCGUACCACAUCGACACUGGGCAAGAGGAAGACGCCGAAAGGUUAG